AUGAGCCUGGCGCGAGGUGCGCGUGCGCCGUGGGCGUGUGCCGUGUCUUUUGUGCGUGUGGCGUGUCCGGGAUCACGCACGGCAAGUGGUCCAUGGGGCGCACCGGUGCGCUUGUACUCGACGCCGCCCGAGCCCCGUCGCGGCGUGCUUCAUGCGCUCCAAAGCCGCGCGAAUGACUGGUACCAGCGCACCCGUCCGGCGGCUGAGAAGCGCAUCAGCGAGCUGAGCCAGCGCUGGAACGAGUUUUCUGGUUACGGAGAAAUCGAGGGCUUGAAGGCACAGGUCGAUGUGGAAACGAUCCGCCUCAAAGAGCUGCAGGAAGAAAAGAACCUGGCCAAAUCGAUCUAUAUCCAGGCCGUAGCCGACCGCUCCGCCGCGCAGCGCCGCACGAGCGACCUACUUACCAGGAAGCCGUCGUGGAACGAUGCAGAUCUCGUCGAGUACACCAAGCUCUUGCACUCCGAGCACUCGCUCGCCAAGGCCGAGGAGCAGAGCGAGCAAAAGUACGAAGAGGCUGAAGGCGCGAUGCACCGCGGCUUUGAUGACCUCAUGCGCAGCGUCAUGAACCGGUACCACGAGGAGCAUCUAUGGAGCGACCGCGUGCGAAGUGUGAGCACCUAUGUGAGCGUUGGCCUCGCGAUUCUGAACGUCUUGGUCUUUAUGUUGGCGCUCCUGCUCUUUGAGCCGUACAAGCGGCGGAAGCUGGCGCUUACGCUGGAGCAGCGUCUCAUCCAAGGCGAAGAAGAGGCGCGCGAGCGCAUGGCGGCUGCGAUCGUGUCGGUCGACCGGCACCUCGAGCGCCUCGAGGGUGCGAUCACCGGCAAGACGACGUCGGACGCUUCCGCCGAGCACCUCGCGGCCGAGGUCGACGACAAGGAAGCGCUCGCCCAAGCGCCGGUGGCCAAGAAGCUGCCUCCGCCUGCUCCCCGGCGCAUCUUCCCUACGCUGCCCAACUUUGCUUGGGUACGCGAAGUGGUGCAUUGGUUCGCGGUGCUUCGCGAGCAUACGGAGCAGUUUGUGUCGCACUACCUGCCUUUUUCGCAUAGCGAGCAAGUGUCGCUCGCCGCCGGCACCACAGGUGUGGUGCUUGCGAGUGCACUGACGUACUGGGCGUCGCUGUUCUUUUUGUAG